UGAAUAGAGAGGCUCGAGAAAAAAUUUAGAAAGAACGUAUAAAAAAAUAUUGUUUUUGUUUCUAGUUCACAAUAAAUCAACUAGGUUGUUUCAAGAUUUCUGCAUAUUUUUAAAAGCGUAAUUCUGUAGAAGUCAACGUCGAAUUCUGUAAUAAUAGAGAACAGUGUGCAGAACGUCUUGCAAUAGAUUGCUGAACGCUAUUAAAGCAAAUCUCUAGCUUUAUCUUACUGUAAAAGUGAGCAUGUAUUUGAUUAUCUAUUAUCCCAUGAAUUUCUAUCAAUAAAAUUAAAACAUUUUAAUUAUGAAAGAUCCAAAUUAUAAAGAUACUAAAGUUUCAUUGUCAAAAUCCAAGGAAUUCUUUAUACAUUAUCAGUUGUUGAUGUGGAAAAAUUUCUUACUUCGUAAACGACGCCCUGGAUUUCUCUUAGCUGAAAUCUUAGUCCCUUUGAUGAUCCCAAUUAUUUUAGUUGGAAUGCGAACUGAAUCACCACCAGUAAAUGAGAACACAUGCCAUGUUCGUUCAGUAAAUCUUCCAACUAUGGGUUUAUUCAGUUAUCUACAGUCCAUUGUUUGUAAUUUCCUUUAUCGUUGUCAUUCUAUAGAUCCUGAUAGCACUUCACAACAGUAUAAUUAUACUGUGUUUGGUAAUUUACUUGAGAAUAUUUCUAGUAUUGUUGGAGAUUUGUUGACUGAAAAUAUGAACCUGAAGAGAAUUUAUCGAAAAGAAUAUUCUUCGUUCAAAUACUAA